AUGCCUUCUUCUCCAGACUACCUUCAUCCCUUGCGAACAGACGACCCCGAUGACUUCUCCGGAUCCGAUGACGACUUGGACCUCGAGGAGCUUGACCCCAACACUGCGCCACCACAAGCAAGUCGAGUUUCUCGAGACUACGCGAGUCGCUCACGAAACUAUGGACCAGGAAUAGCGCUAAGGAAUUUGCGAGUGGGCGUGGGUAGUCCUUGGCGGCGAAGUGCGUCUGGCCGUGGGGACCUGGAGGAAGACACAGAUGCGCUGCUGGAAGAACAUGGUGAGGAUGGGAUUCGCCAGUCAAAUGGGAGCUCUCGAAACUUGACGGAUGCCGACGCGCCGCUGCUGGAUCGGCGGGGCUCCAUCCGUAUGUUCAAUGACGAGGAACAAUCUAAAAGGAGUCGGCUACGAUCGACUACGGGGAAACAAUACGGAGAACGAAAAUGCGCCCCCCGUGGAGUCCUUGUCGGCCAGCACCAGUCUACCAAAUACCCACCUAACAUCGUCUCCAACGCCAAGUACACACCCUGGAGCUUUCUGCCGCGGACCCUGUACAACGAAUUCUCCUUUUUCUUUAACAUAUACUUCCUUCUUGUGGCACUUUCCCAAGUUCUUCCCAUGCUCCGAAUCGGCUAUAUGUCUUCAUAUAUCGCACCUCUCGCCUUUGUGGUUUCUAUCUCGCUAGGCAAGGAAGCACUGGAUGACAUUGGGCGACGACGGCGGGAUGCUGAAGCAAAUGCAGAAGAGUUCACAGUGGUGUCUCUCGAAAGAAAUGCCAUCGACGUUAUUAAGAAAUCGCGAGACUUGAAAGUAGGAGACGUUCUCAAGGUUCGAAAAAACCAACGCCUGCCUGCGGACGUGGUGAUCCUCAAGAGCGUUUCAAAUGACUCUGGCCCGUCUCGCCAACAUUCAUUAGAGGUACCUGCUCCUGGAGCAUCUGCAGAUCUACUUGACGCGGACAACGAGGCCUCGGGGCCGGCUGCGGAUGCUACAUCCAAUCCGAUUGAGGUUUCGCCUGCCAGUGAUACAUUCAUCCGUACCGACCAGCUAGACGGUGAAACUGAUUGGAAAUUGCGCGUCCCUUCCGCAUUGUCACAAUCGCUCUCCUUCAACAACUUCAAUCGCCUGAAGAUUAUUGCAAGUCCUCCAGACCAGAGAGUCAACGAAUUUGUGGGCACGAUUGAAAUUGGACCCCCAACUGGCUUUUACGACGCACAUGUGGACAAAACAUCCAGCCAAUUGCAGAAUGGUCCAUCCCAAGUUGACGAUAGCCAGAGUUCUAACUCAGCACCCUUGAGUAUCGACAACACUGCGUGGGCUAACACUGUCCUUGCAUCUAACACCAUCACAUAUGCUGCUAUCAUCUACACCGGUUCUCAAACGCGAGCCGCUCUUUCCACUUCCCCUUCGCGGUCCAAGGUGGGCCUAUUGGAGUAUGAGAUUAACAAUCUCACCAAGAUUCUGUGUAUUCUCACUCUUGCCCUCUCUAUCAUUUUGGUAGCGUUUGAAGGUUUUGAGCCAACCAAUGACAAGGUGUGGUAUGUUGCCAUUAUGAUUUACCUGAUUCUAUUCUCAACUAUCAUCCCGAUGAGUCUCCGAGUCAAUCUGGACAUGGCCAAAUCUGUCUAUGGGCGGUUCAUAGAGCGUGACAAGGAUAUUCCAGGGACCGUUGUUCGGACUAGUACAAUUCCGGAGGAUCUGGGGAGAAUUGAAUAUUUGCUCUCUGACAAAACCGGGACUUUGACCCAGAAUGAGAUGGAAUUGAAGAAAAUUCACGUUGGCACUGUUUCAUAUGCUAACGAGGCAAUGGAUGAGGUUGCAUCUUUUAUUCGCCAAGGCUUUGCUGGCAACGCUUUGACGACUCCUUCAACUGUGUUCGGAACCCAGGCUGGCCAAGGAGCUGCACCUCGGACACGACGAGAAAUUGGUUCUCGAGUCCGAGAUCUCAUUCUGGCUCUUGCUCUCUGUCACAACGUCACGCCUACUACCGAGGAAGAGGAUGGUCAAAAGGUUACCAACUAUCAGGCGUCAUCGCCGGAUGAAAUUGCAAUUGUCCGAUACACCGAAGAGGUUGGCCUGAAGCUGUCUUAUCGGGAUCGACAAAACAUUGUUCUCGAAUCCACUGACUCUAAGCAAGUGGUGGUUCGUGUUCGCAUACUGGACAUCUUCCCUUUCACAUCUGAUAGCAAACGAAUGGGCAUCAUUGUGCAGUUUGAGCAGGAGGAAAAUGUUACUGAAGCGGAGAGCAACUUUGAACCCGAAAUCUGGUUUUACCAGAAAGGUGCAGACACUGUCAUGUCAUCAAUUGUUGCGACCAAUGACUGGCUUGAUGAGGAGACUGCCAACAUGGCGCGCGAGGGUCUACGAACUCUGGUUGUCGGACGCAAGCGGCUUUCGCUACAACAGUACCAUGGAUUUUCCGCCAAGUAUAAACAGGCAUCUCUGUCCUUCCAAGAUCGUGACGCUGGCUUGGCCAAGGUUGUCGGUGAAUACCUGGAACGUGACCUAGAACUCCUUGGUGUGACUGGUGUCGAAGAUCGCCUGCAACGUGAUGUCAAGUCUUCCUUGGAACUGAUGCGCAAUGCAGGCAUAAAGAUUUGGAUGUUGACAGGCGACAAGGUUGAGACAGCGCGAUGUGUUGCCAUUUCUGCCAAGUUGGUAUCCCGUGGUCAGUACAUUCACACUGUUUCGAAGGUGACAGAUAAAUCUGCCGCCCAAGAAGCACUUGAUUUCUUACGCAACAAAACGGACUGUUGUUUGCUGAUCGACGGUGAAUCCUUGACGUUGAUGCUUGGUCCUUUCCGCACUGCAUUCAUAUCUGUAGCAGUUCUUCUUCCUGCAGUAAUUGCAUGCCGAUGCUCACCGACACAGAAAGCCGAGGUCGCCAACUUGAUCCGUCAGCAUACCAAGAAGCGCGUAUGCUGUAUUGGCGACGGAGGCAACGAUGUAUCCAUGAUCCAAGCUGCCGAUGUUGGAAUUGGUAUUGUGGGUAAAGAAGGUCGUCAAGCCUCUUUGGCUGCCGACUUCAGUAUUACACAGUUCCAUCAUCUGACCAAGCUACUAGUCUGGCAUGGCCGGAAUUCGUACAAGCGGUCUGCCAAAUUAGCACAAUUCAUCAUGCAUCGUGGUUUGAUCAUCAGUGUAUGUCAAACAAUGUAUAGCAUUGCUGGACAUUUCGAUCCCAAGGGUCUUUUCAUCAAUUGGCUUAUGAUCGGCUAUGCCACUGUCUACACUAACGCACCGGUUUUCUCGCUUGUUUUCGACCGAGACGUGGAUGAGCGGCUUGCCAAUCUUUACCCAGAGCUAUACAAGGAGCUGAAGACUGGCAAGAGCUUAAGCUAUCGUUCGUUUUUUACCUGGGUUCUUAUCUCGGUUUAUCAGGGAGCGGUCAUUCAAGGCCUGUCCCAGAUCUUACUGGACACCAUCACAGGCCCCCGUCUGAUUAGUGUCUCCUUUACGGCCUUGGUCCUUAAUGAACUGGGUAUGGUCGCCAUUGCCAUCACCACUUGGCACCCAAUCAUGAUCAUCUCCUUACUGGGAACGCUGCUCCUGUACGCAGGUAGCGUUCCUUUCCUUGGGGACUAUUUCAAUCUCAGCUAUGUCAUUACUCUCGACUGGCUCUGGCGUGUCGUUGCCGUGCUAGCCGUUUCAUUGGUACCUGUAUGGGCUGGCAAACUCAUCAAGCAGUCCGUGAAACCCCCUAGCUACCGCAAGGUACGUGGCUGA